AUGGCGCUUGUAGCUUAUUCCGACUCUGAGGGCUCAGACGCCGAGCCAGAAACGACACCCGUGCCCUCCAUCGAUCAGAAGAAGUCUGAUUCUAAGAAAUUCCAGGCCGAUCACACCACGGGCAAGAUUCGCGUGGCACUCCCAGAGAUCAAACCAGAGCCUUCACCCCAAGAUGCUGGAGAUGGCUCACGCAAGAAGCCUCGCAUAGGCGGAGGUCUAUCAGGCUUUAAUUCUUUCCUUCCAGCCCCGAAACGAGCCGCCGAGAAGAAAGCGCCAGUGGCGACAGCGCGCAAAGCCUUCGGGCUGAAAACUGGAGCCGGCCCUGGAUUCGAUCGCGGUGCGGAUGCGGAGAUGAAAAAUGACUUCGCAUUCGACAGUUUGGCUGGAAAGACCGAAGAGAAACCGGAGGCUAGCACGACACUCAACACUCCAGCAGAUGCGCCGGCGACGAUGAAGAAACAGGAGGACGUCAAAUUACAGGGAAAUCCAAUGAUGUUUCGACCUCUCUCUGUGGGACGGCCGCAGAAGAAGAGGAAGAUCAACAAAAUGGCAGAGCAACCCACUCCAGGGCCAGCAGCACCGAAGGCGGAACCGCUGCCUCAACAUGUUAAACAAGCCCCGGCCCCAACAACUAAACCAAAAGUCAGCCUCUUCUCUCUAUCCUCGGAGGACUCGGCCCGACCAGAGGUAGCAUCCGCGCCGUCAACGACAUAUCAGCCAUUGGUAUACAACGCACAAGGCGAGGGCGAGGGUGAAGCAUUGGUAGACCCAGCACUGGCCGAAUCUGCAUAUGUCGCACCUACCCCGGCAACAGCAACCGUCUCAUCGAAACCUGGAUCAUCCCUGGACUCAAUCGCCAACGACCUCAAUCUGUCCAAGUCCGAGCGACGACAAUUAUUUGGCCGGAAUGCCAUGUCCUCACAGUCCCAUGUGCGCACUUUCAACACAGACGAAGAGUAUGCCUCGAACCAGGUUCUUGCUCAGGGAGAGCUGGCUGCUGCUGCGCACAACCCUGUGCGCUCUAUCGCACCAGGCAAGCAUACGCUCCAACAGCUUGUCAAUGCGGCAAGCUCACAGAAGGAGGCAUUGGAGGAGAGCUUUGCGUCUGGAAGGAGAAACAAAAAAGAAGCUGGAUCGAAGUAUGGAUGGUAG